AUGAAAGUUGUUGCAUUAAUUCUCACAUUCUCCAUCAUCUUUGUCUUGUCCAAGACAACACCAACAUUCAUCACUCAACCUCAAAUGAAUCAGUCUUCAAUCCACCUACAAAAUGAGACUAGAAAGAGUGGUGGCAGCUGCAAUUACAAAGUUAACAUAAAGACAAGCUGCGAUUCUCCACCACAUACAACUGAUGAAAUCAGUAUUUUAUUUGGAGACAAUAAUGCCUCUGAGGUUUAUGUUCAAAGACUGGAUGAUCCUGAUUCCGGGACAACAUUCGAGCAAUGCGCCACGAUUGAAUUUGAGAUAUUAGGACCGUGUAUUGGAAAAAUAUGCAAAAUGUAUCUAUUUAGAAAUGGAACUGAUGGUUGGAUACCAGAGAGUGUCACUGCAUAUCACUAUGAUUACCCUCCUGUCAUAUUUAACUAUAACAUUGAUAUCCCUCAAGAUGCUGGCUAUGGCUACAAUAAUUGUAAAUAA